AUGUACAUCGGCGCAGUCCACCGCGAUGAUCUCAGAGACCACGAGCCAGCUACAAGUGCUGGGGCGACAGCAACACCUGCGACAACCAGUGCGCCGUCAAGCCCCACGAGUCCGGACGCAACCGCUUCUGCGUCGUCCCCUGAGGCGACCCCAGACGUCACCACCUUGACUGAGCCAACAACGACUUCCUCGGCGACAACCAGUGCGCCGUCAAGCCCCACGAGUGCGGACGCAACCGCUUCUGCGUCGUCC